AUGAAGACACUCGUUCUCCUCUCUGCUCUUGCCCUGCUGGCCUUCCAGGUCCAGGCUGAUCCUCUCCCAAAAGAAACUGAAGAGGCUAAAAAUGAGGAGCAGCCAGGGGUAGAAGACCAGGAUGUGUCCAUCUCCUUUGGGGACCCAGAAGACUCUGCUCUUCAAGAUGGAGCCUCAAGAAGUGUGAGCUGCUACUGUAGAAAAAAGUCCUGCAAACAUUUUGAACAAGUCUCUGGAUUCUGCAACAAAGGGCCAGUGCGCUACACGUUCUGCUGCCGCUCAGACCAGAGAGAAGAUCAGCAUGUGCUCUGA